AUGACCAGGACCACAUCUCAGAGUACUCCCAGCUUGACCUCUUCCAUCACCACAGCUGAGACCAUCUCAUACAGUAGUCCCAGCUUCCCUUCUUUAAUCACUAUCACUAAGUCCACAUCCCACAGUACUGCCAGCUUCAGUUCUUCAAUCACCACCACUGAGACGAACUUACACAGUACUCCCAGCUUCGCUUCUUCAACCACCACCACCGAAACUGCCUCACACAGUACUCCCAGCUUCACUUCUUCAAUCACCACAACCAAGGCCACCUCACACAGUACUCCCAGCUUCACUUCUUCAAUCACCGCCACAGAGACCACCUCACACCAUACUCCCAGCUUCAAUUCUGUGAUUGCCACCUCCGAGACCAACUCACACAGUGCUCCUAGCUUCAGUUCUUUGAUUGCCAACACCAAGACCACCUCACACAGUACUCCCAGCUUCACUUCUCUGAUUGCCACCACUGAGACCACCUCACGGAGUACUCCCAGCUACACUUCUGCAAUCACCACCACCGAGACCACCUCACACAGAACUCCCAGCUUCACUUCUUCAAUCGCCACUGAGUCCACAUCCCCCAGUACUGCCAUCUUCACUUCUUCCAUCACCACCACCGAGACCACCUCCAACAGUACUGCCAGCUUGACUUCUUCAAUGACCACCACUGAGACCACCUCACACAGUACUCCCAGCUUCACUUCUUUGAUCAUCACCACUGAGACAACAUCCCACAGUACCCCCAGCUUGACUUCUUUGAUCACCAGCACCGAGACCACAUCCCACAGUACUCCCAGCUUGACUUCUUUGAUCACCACCACUGAGACUACAUCACACAGUACUCCCAGCUUCACUUCUUCAAUUGCCACCACUGAGAGCACGUCACACAGUAAUCCCAGCUUCACUUCAUCAAUCACCAGUACCAAUUCAAUCACUGCAACCGGGACCACCUCACACAGUACUCCCAGCUUCACUUCUUUAAUCACCAUCACUGAGUCCACAUCCCACAGUACUACCAGCUUCACUUCUUCAAUCACCACCACUGAGACCACCUCACACAGUACACCCAGCUUCAUUUCUUCGAUUGCCACCACUGAGAUCAUCUCACAUAGUACUCCCAGCUACACUUCUUCAAUCGCCACCACCGAGACACCCUCACACAGUACUCCCAGCUUCCCGUUUUCAAUCAUGACCACUGAGACCAUAUCACACAGUACUCCCAGCUUGAAUUCUGCGAUCAUCACCACUGAGAGCAUGUCACACAGUAUUCCAGGCUUCGCUUCUUUGAUCACCACCAGCGAGACCACCUCACACAGUCUUCCCAGCUUCACUUCCUCAAGCACCACCAUUAAGACCCCUUCACAUAGUCCUCCUGGCUUCUCUUCUUCGAUUGCCACCUCCAAGACCACCUCAACCAGUCCUCCCAGAUUCACCUCUGCGAUCACCACCACCGAGACCACCUCACACAGUACUCCCAGGUUCACUUCUGCGAUUGCCAGCACCAAAAUCACUUCACAGAGUACUCCCAGUUUGACUUCUCUGAUCACCACCACCGGGACCAGCUCGCACAGUACCCUGGGCUUAAGUUCUUCGAUUGCCACCACUGAGACAACCUCACACAGUACUGCCAGCUUCACUUCUUCGAUUGCCACCACCGAGACCACGUCACACAAUACUCCUGGCUUCACUUCUUCGACUGUCACCACCGAGACCAGCUCACAGAGUACUACCAGCUUCACUUCUUCAAUCACCACCACUGAGACCACCUCACACAGUACUGCCAGCAUCACUUCUUCGAUCACCACCACCGAGAUCAUUUCACGCAGUACUCCCAGCUACACUUCUUCUAUUGCCACCACUGAGACACCCUCACACAUUACUCCCAGCUUCACUUCUACGAUCACCACCACCGAGACCACCUCACACAGUACUCCCAUCUUGACUUCUGCCAUCACCACCACUGAGACCAGAUCGCACAGUCCUCCCAUCUUCACUUCUUCAAUCACCACCACAGAGACCACCUCACACGAUACUCCCAGCUUCACUUCUUCGAUCACCACCACUGAGACCACUACACGCAGUCUUCCAGGCUUCAGUUUUUCGAUCACCACCACCGAGACCACCUCACACAGUCCUCCCAGCUUCACUUCUUUAAUCACUACCACGGAAACCCCCUCACACAGUAAUCCCAGCUUCACUUCUUUCAUCACCACCACCGAGUCCACCUCACACAGUCUUCCAGGCUUCACUUCUGUGAUUGCCACCACAAAGACCACCUUACACAGUACCCCCAUCUUCACUUCUUCCAUCACCACCGCUGAGACCACCUCGCACAAUCCUCCAGGCUUCACUUUUUUGAUCCCCACCACUGAGACCAUCUCACACAGUCCUCCCAGCUUCACUUCUUCGAUCACUAUCAUUGAGACCCACUCACACAGUACUCCCAGCUUCACUUCUUUGAUCACCACCACCAAGUCCACCUCACAAAGUCCUCUGGGCUUCACUUCUGCAAUCACCACCACAGGGAUCACCCCACACAGUACUCCCAUUUUCACUUCUUCGAUCGCCACCACCGAGAGCACCUCACAUAGUACUCCCAGCUUCACUUCAUUGAUCACCAGCACUGAGACCAUCUCACAGAGUACUCCCAGCUUCAGUUCUUUGAUGACCGCCACCGAGACCACAUCCCACAGUACUCCCAGCUUAACUUCUUUGAUCGCCACCAUCAAGCCUACCUCAAAGAAUCCUCCGACCUUCACUUCUGCGAUCGCCACCACAGGGAUCACCUCACGCAGUACUCCCAUUUUCACUUCUUCGAUCACAACCACCGAGAGCACCUCACAAAGUACUCCCAGCUUCACUUUUUCGAUCACCAGCACCGAGACCACAUCACACAGUACUCCCAGCUUCACUUCCUUGAUCACCACCAUCGAGACCACAUCCCAUAGUACUCCCAGCUUGACCUAUUCGAUCACUACAACCAGGACCACAUCACACAGUACUCCCAGCUUCACUUCUUUAAUCAUCACCACCGAGUCCACAUUCCACAGUACUACCAGCUUCACUUCUUCAAUCACCACCACUGACAACACCUCACACAGUAUGCCCAGCUUCACUUCUUCGAUCGCCACCACUGAGAUCAUCUCACACAGUACUCCCAGCUUCCCUUCUUCAAUCAUGAACACCGAGACCAUAUCACACAGGACUCCCAGCUUGACUUCUGCAAUCACCACCACUGAGACCAUGUCACACAGUAUUCCAGGCUUCAUUUCUUCAAUCACCACCACCGAGACUACCUCACACCUUCCUCCCAGGUUCACUUCUUUGAUCACCACCACCAAGACCACCUCACACAGUCCUCCCAGCGUCACUUCUUUGAUCACCAGAACUGAGACCACCUCACACAGUUCUCCCAGCUUCACUUCUUCAAGCACCACCACUGAAACCCCUUCACACAGUACUCCUGGCUUCUCUUCUUCAAUUGCCACCUCCAAGACCACCUCAACCAGUCCUCUCAGAUCCACCUUUGUGAUCGGCACCACCAAGACCACUUCAUACAGUACUCCCAGGUUCACUUCCGUGAUUGCCAGCACCAAGACCACCUCACACAGCACUCCCAGUUUGACUUCUCUGAUCACCACCACCGGGACCAGCGCACACAGUACCCUCGGCUUAAGUUCUUCAAUCGCCACCACCGAGACAACCUCACACAGUACUGCCAGCUUCACUUCUUCGAUUGCCACCACUGAGACCAUGUCACAGAAUACUCCUGGCUUCACUUCUUCAAUUGCCACCACCGAGAUCACCUCACAUAGUACUCCCAGCUUCACUUCUUCAAUCACCACCAUGGAGACAACCUCACAGAGUGCUCCCAGCUUCACUUCUUUGAUCACCAUCACUGGGUCGACAUCCCACACUACUGCCAGCUUCACUUCUUCAAUCACCACCACUGAGACCACCUCAUACAGUACUCCCAGCAUCACUUCUUCAAUCACCACCACCGAGAGGACAUCCCACAGCACUCCCAGCUACACUUCUUCGAUCGCCACCAGUGAGACACCCUCACACACUGUUCCCAGCUUCACUUCUUCGAUCACCACCACCGAGAGCACAUCCCACAGUAAUCCCAGCUUGACUUCUGCCAUCACCACCACUGAGACCAGGUCACACAGUCCUCCCAUCUUCACUUCUUCGAUCACCACCAUAGAGACCACCUCACACAGUACUCCCAGCUUCACUUCGUCGAUGACCACCACCGAGACCCCCUCACUCAGUCCUCCAGCCUUCACUUUUUCGAUCUCCACCACCAAGACCAACUCACACAGUCCUCCCAGCUUCACUUCUUCAAUCACUACCACCGAAACCCCCUCACACAAGAGCACCUCACACAGUACUCCCAUCUUCACUUCUUCGAUUGCCACCGCUGAGACGACCUCACACACUCCUCCCAGCUUCACUUCUUUGAUCACUACCACCGAGACCCCCUCACACAGUAAUCCCAGCUUCACUUCUUUGAUCACCACCACUGAGUCCACCUCACACAGUCCUCCAAGCUUCACUUCUGCGAUCGCCACCACAGGGAUCACCUCACACAGUACUCCCAUUUUCACUUCUUUGAUCGCCACCACCGAGAGCACCUCACACAGUACUCCCAGCUUUACUUUAUCGAUCACCAGCACUGAGACCAUCUCACACAGUACUCCCAGCUUCAGUUCUUCGAUCACCACCACCAAGACCACAUCCCACAGUACUCCCAGCUUCACUUCUUUGAUCACCACCAUCGAGGCCACAUCCCACAGUACUCCCAGCUUGACUUCUUCGAUCACUACAACUGGGACCACCUCACACAGUACUCCCAGCUUCACUUAUUUAACCACCAUCACUGAGUCCACAUCCCACAGUACUACCAGCUUCACUUCUUCAAUCACCACCACUGAGACCACCUCACACAGUAUGCCCAGAUUCAAUUCUUCCAUCGCCAUCACUGAGAUCAUCUCACGUAGUACUCCUAGCUACACUUCUUUAAUCGCCACCACCGAGGCACCCUCACACAUCCGCAUCACACAGUACUCCCAGCUUGACUUCUGCGAUCACCACCACUGA